AUGGGGAGUAUGGGUGAGCAUGAUAGAAAACGGCGUCACUUUAGCUCCUUGUCACCCACACCUGAACCUGCCAAGAAGUUACCGUUCCUGCCUAUUUCUGAAGACAAAAAGCUUGAUAUUGCUGUACUUCAGUAUCAAAAUCAAAAGCUUACACAGAAAUUAGAGACUCAGAAGUUAGAAUAUGCAACUUUUGAGAAUAAAUUUUCUCAACUGAAGGAGAGGCAACAGUCAUAUGAUUCUACUUUAGCAGUGGUCAAGAAGUCUUGGGAGCAGCUGGUUAAUGAUCUAGAGUCGCGUUCUGAACGCACAAGGGAGUCUAACCGCAAAGCAUAUUCCAGAUUUGUAUCAAGUACAGAUGAUGGUAGUUCGUCUACUGUUCAAGAUGUUUUUCUUAACCGACUCUUGCAAACUGGUGCAACUGAAAGUUCCUCCUCUUCUCACUUCGCAAAUGAGAUGGAUCAACAUAGACAAAUUACUGCUGAAAAAGCUAAAAGCAUUUUGAAUAAUAUAUUGACAUUUAUUAAUAACUUUCGGUGUUUGAAAGAUGGAUUUCAUACUGCACUACUGAAAAAGCUUCGAGGAGAUGUUUCAUGUGGGCAGAUGUUAUCCAAUGAUAUGGAGGUGGAAAGUAAAAACUUGAGAUUGACAUUAAGUGAACUUCACUUAAAGCACAAGUCUUUAGCAAGUGUUUUCCGAAUUCAGAGGGAUCUGGAUGCAAAAAAUAAAGCUGAGCUUAAACAAUUAAAAGGGGAACUGGAAAGCACAGUCUCAGAGUUGGAAGAAAACAAUCACAAACUUGCAACUCUUAAGGUAGAAAAGGAUGCAGCCAAAGGGGCAGUUCUUCCAGUAUUAACUGUUGGGAAUACACAUGUUCCUAAUGAUAAGAUCAGAGACAAACAAAAGGAUUUACAAGAUAUGGAAUCUACUUUGAAGGAGCUACUGAACCGAGCUUCAACACGAUUAGUGGAACUGAAAAGUCUUCACGAGGAAAGAAUAAGAUUAUUGCAGCAAUUGUGUGAUCUACAGAACACAUUGAAGAAUUUGAAGUGUAUUACCUCUUCCCAUGCGUUCCAAUUGGUUAAAGAUCAGAUAGAAAAAUCAAAAUCGGAAGUGCAGGAGUAUCAGGCCUUAUAUGAGAAACUACAGGCUGAGAAGGAUAAUCUUGCAUGGAGGGAGAGGGAGUGGUACAUUAAAAAUGAUUUAGCUGAUCUUUUUCAAAGAUCUGUGACAGUUUCUGAUCUUAGAGUUGCUGAUAUACACACUGAGAUACAGAAAAUGAUCGAGCAAAAAAAAGGGAUUGAAAACAAGCUUAAAGAGGAAGCAAGAGAACAGGGAAGGAAAGAAAUUAUUGCUGAAUUUAAAUCUCUGCUUUCUUCGUUUCCUGAGGAGAUGGGGUCCAUGCAAACUCAGCUUAGUAAGUUUAAAGAAUCAGCUUCAGAUCUCCAUUCUCUGCGUGCAGAUGUGCAUUCUAUUUCCAGUACUCUUGAUCGGAAGGUAAAAGAAUGUGACACAUUAUCUGUUAGGUCUGCUGGUCAACUUGCCGAGAUAAACAGACUUCUUGCUGUGGUUCAAGAUUUGCGAGUGACUCAGGAUGAGAUGAAGUUGAUACUGCGAAUGUAUAGACACGAGACCAUUGAUUCAAGGGAUGUCAUGGAAGCAAGGGAAGCAGAAUACAGAGCAUGGGCGCAUGUUCAAAGUUUGAAAUCAUCUCUUGAUGAGCACAACUUAGAACUUCGAGUUAAAACAGCAAAUGAAUCAGAAGCCAGAUCACAGCAAAACCUUGCUGCGGCUGAAGCUGAGAUUGCAGACACGAGACAUAGAUUAGAUGAUUCUAAAAGGGGGAUGUGUAAAAUGUCUGAUGUCUUAAGAACUAAAAAUGAAGAAAAUGAAGCCUACUUAUCUGAAAUAGAGACUAUUGGACAAGCAUAUGAUGACAUGCAAACCCAAAACCAACAUCUGUUGCAUCAGAUUACUGAGAGAGAUGAUUACAAUAUUAAGCUUGUUUUAGAAGGUGUAAGGGCCAGACAAAAACAGGAUUCUUUGAUUUUGGAGAAGCGAUUAAUGGAUCAAGAGAACCAGCAAUCAAAUGUAUCUUUGAAUUUAUACAAUACCAAAGCUGCAAGAAUUGAAGACCAGUCGAGGUUUUGCUCAGAUCAGAUUCAAAAACUUGAGGACAACAAACUUCAAAGUUCUGCCUGUUUGGAAAAUACACAAAGAAGGCUGUCAGAUAUUAGACCAUCAUCGCAACAGGUUAGGGAUUCAGUGGUGGAAUUGCAAGCUAGAAUUACCAGUAGUCGGGUGACUUGUAUGGAGUUACAAACCGAACUUGAGAAAGAAAGGUUUGCCCAAAAAACAGUAGAGGAAGACCUGGAGGUUGCUAGGAGAAACUUGUCACAACUUAAAGCACAAAAUGAGGAUUCCUCGGUAACUGAUAAGCUUCAACAGGAACUUGGAGAGUACAUGGAAAUUGUCAAGUGCAGUAUCUGUCGAGACAGGACAAAAGAGGUGGUAAUUACAAAAUGCUACCACUUGUUCUGCAACUCAUGUAUCCAGAAAAUUGCUGGGAGUCGGCAGCGCAAAUGUCCACAAUGUGGUGCAUGCUUCGGGGCCAAUGAUAUUAAGCCGGUUUAUCUGUAA